AAACUAAACUGUCAAUGUCAAAUCUUGACGGCAAUCAAAAUAAAAAUGGCGAACGUCCCUUUUAUUGGGUUACGAACCCAUUCUCAAAAAGUCUGUAGCCUUUACAAAAGGACCUUACGGAAUUUAGAAUCGUUUUACGAUGUACGUCAUGUUUACCGUUAUCAAGCAGUGCUUAUGCGAGCACGCUUUGACAAGAAUGCAAAGAUUCAUGACAUGUCCAAGGCUGCGGAGCUACUGAAGGAAGGAGAAGAGGAGUUGUUCUUGAACCAACAUCCCAUUCCAAGGAAGUUUGCAACAAGUGUUGGCGGUGUAGCCCAUGAACGUGUGGUGCUCUCUCCAGACUGGGUCCUAGACUAUUGGCACCCCCUGGAGAAAGCCAUGUACCCGGAGUACUUCAAAAGACGCGAGCAAAGAAAGAAGGAAUUUGUCGCAAUGUGGGAGAAGGAGUACGGAAAGCCCAACCCGAAAGAUUCACACCACUAAGCAUAAAUUAUUGUAGAUUAAUGUAAUUAUAGAAUAAUUGUUGUAUAUCCGUGUUUCAUUGAUUUAUACAAAUAUUAUUGUAAAAAUAAACUUUUUUUCACUUACGAAAGGCAAGAUAAAUUGAAUUUUUUUCUAACUUCUAGCAAAUAGAAAAAUCUAUUUAUUCAAUUUUUUAAAACAAUAUUCUAUAUCAAUUAAAGCAUUAAGUAAUUUUCGUUUCAUUUGUAACGCAACUAAAUCUUGCUCUCUGCUCUUGAAUCUGUCUGAGAUCCGACGAUCCAAUUGAUUCAAUGAUCCAUUAUUUGAUUCGAAUCUGUGCACUUAUACAGAUUCGAAUGAUCCAAUCUUUAAAAUGAUACGUUUUUCUCAGCGCUAAUGUCUAUUCUAACACACAUGCAUCGGUCUUUUUGGGGACACAAAAUAAAACAUUUUCUUCAAUUUUGCUACAUUUAUGAAUGUGAAAUUUAAUCACUCAAUACCACAGAACAAAUACAUAUCUUAAAUACAAUAUUACUGUAAUGUAAACCUAAACAAUAAAAUUAUACAAAACAAUUUGACACCUACUUUAUCAUAAAUAAAUGCAUUUUAGUCGUCAGUGGAGUUAAUAGAAUUUGGUCUAAUCUAAACAGUUACAAAUUUCAUGAUUUGUUCAAAAUGAAUUAAGUUAUUAAAAUUAGAUUGUUUCUUGAUUAGCAAAAGACUGGUGAUUUUGGAUUUCAUACAUAAAAAUUGAAGUCUUAUUCAUAAAAACGUUUUCCCUUCCACUAAAUAAAAAGUAUUUCUGAUAUUUUUCAUAGAAUAUCUAAACCAUUUCAAAAAUGGGUUUAGGCCCAGUUUUAACUAUUUUUGCUCGGCGUAAUAUGCAUAUCUGUUGGUGAUUUGGACAUUGAUACUCCUAUCAAAUUAUUGAAUUUUAUAUAGUAUUCUAUUACAGGAUUUAUAAUUGUAUUUUUGAAAACACCUAUUCAACGAUUCCCACAACUUUAAAAAUAAAACAAUUCUGAAAUCCUUUUAACAUUUACACAAAAUUACACACAUGGGACUAUGAAAUGACAUUUAUCCAUUAUUAAUAAGAUAAAGUAAGUAUUAUAUUUUAGAUCUUUUUUGUAUUUUUCGGAUGUUGCAUUAGAUGCAAUGUUUUAUAUUAAAACUGUUAUUGAGCCAUUUAAGACAUAUUGCAAUACUGUAUAUAUUUCUUUUAGAGCAGUCAUAAAAUAAUUUUAACAGCCCAUUUUCAAAAUAAAUAAUAUAAUUUAAUUUAGCUCAGUUAAAAUUUACCAACAACUGAACAGCUUUGCAUAAACUGUUCUCUAAUAUUCAAUGACUGACAUAUGAGACAAAAAUGUAAGUUCUUUCGAUGCAUCGAGCCGGCGCACGUGUAGUCUCCCUUUUCAGUCACAAAUCUUGCGUGUGAAAGAGAUGAAACGAGUCGCGAGUCGCAUUUUUCUGUCACCCGCUACAAUUCAUUAUUUCUAAUGUCUUGGGACUUCACUCACGUACUUCAGGUUGUUAAAUGUCAUAAUGCUUUUUCAGGUUAUUUUCUACCCAUGUACCAAUUUUCAUCAGAAUCCGUCGAGUAGAUUUUACGAUUAAGUGACAAACAUCCCAAGGUAUCAAUAGUACUUUAGACGUCCAUAUAAUGUGACUCAACACUUUGCGUUCCCAUUACAAUAUUAUUUUAUCAGAGGGCAGCACUGAGGAAAGACGUAUUAAGUGGUGGUAAACAAAGUUGGCGACAAACUGUGAAAAAUAUCAGAAUUUUACUUAUAUUAUAUUUAAAAUGUACGUAGUAUAUUACCAGUCUUCAACAGCGCCUUGUAUUUGGAUGUAGAAAUCUCGGGAACCAUAAUGUACGAAAAACAACGACUUCGUCGUAAAAAUUAUACUUAUUUUGUUUACCACCAAACGUCAGGCAACGGCAUCUGCGCCGAGUUUUGCGUGUUGUCCUAUUGGUCGUUCAGUUGCCGCCGAGGGUGUGCCCCCGCCCCCAGUUAUGUCCCCCGAACACAGUGCCCCCGGGCCUCGUGGGCACACGCGCCUGGGGCGCUGUACCGAAACCGCCCACAUACCGCGUGUCGGGAAAGACUUCCUUC